GGGAAAUAAUUGGGCUGCUAAGACCCAUAAAAGAUAUUCUGGCGGCUGUGGACGAAGAAGACGAUCGGAAGCACGGAUGCUCAUGGUUUGCUAUCUGUGGGAGCAGAACCAGUGUUUCAAAGGCGACAUUGCAAGUUUCCCACUUCCUAUCUGCAUCGUCGUCGUCUUCAUCUUCAUGUCCUUAACCUUAUCCUCUUGCAAAUCAAUGGCUUUCACUGCCACAUUCAGCAGAUACGCCACUGUCUCUCUCCACCGACGGAGGAGGAUUGCUGGAGUUGUUGGGGUUGGUAAGGAAGAUACAGAAGUGCGCGUUGAUGCCGUUGAAGAUUUAUCGAUGAAUACCCAGCUGGAGCAAGCAGACCCACAAGACCUCGAAUAUGUACCCCAAAUCCAAAGAUUACGCCUUUGAUGCUUACUUUUUAUCAUGCUUUCACUCUCUUGAAUCUUUUGAGUUUAGACUAUAAGGUUUUGUGUGCGUCUAGGUUUUGGAACCUCUUAGGAAGAACAGAGACAUGCUCUUCAGCGAGGUACUGAUUUAUUCAUGUUUAUAUAAUAGAAACUAGCUAUGUGCGUGCAAUUAAUUUUUUGCGUAGGUUGAAUUGAUAGUAAUGAUAGAGGACCCAAGAGAAGUAGAGCGAAGGAGAUUGCUUGGCAUUGAGGAUCCUGAUACCCCUACUAGGGAAGAUCUUGUUGAAGCACUGGAACAAGUGAGUCCCUUAAAAUACAGACAGAUAAACACUCGUUUUAUUGGUGGUCGAUGCAUGAUUAAUGGUGUGAUUUGGUUAGGUGAAUGAAGGAAAGGUGCCUGCAAAUCGGCUUGCUUUGAGAAUGCUAGCUGAGGAGAUGAUCAAUUGGCCUAAUUUAGGGGUUGAAGUGCCAAAGAAAAAGCGUGCCACAUCCCUAUAUGUGAAAGCUACAGACACUGGAAUUGAUCCUAAAGAGGCUGCUAAGAGGCUAAACAUUGAUUGGUAUUCUGCAGCUGAAAUUGAAGAAGCUGAAGUCAAUGAUGAAACAGAAGUUCCCCCUUCUGUGGUUUGUUCCAUCCUUAGUAAUUUAACUAGUAUUUGUCACUCGUCAUAUGGUUUAUGCAUUGGACCUGUUCUGGAUAGUUGAAAUGUGGCUGCCUUUUGGCAGUGUACAUGGUAUCAUUAACACACCAUCAGUUUAAGUAGCUGCUCUUAUAAUGUCAAAUUUUAAAAAAUAUGGAAGUCAAAAGUUACUACUAAUUGCAUAAUAAUUUGAAAAAAUGCAU